GUCGUGUCUAAGAAAGAGAAACCUUGGGCUGAUGGGAAACCGAGACCGGUUCUUAAUCGAUCAACGCUUGAAAGAUCUGCCAUCGUCUUCCUCCUCCGUGCUCGAUUGAGAUCGUUUAGGGUUUCUCCGCAACCCUCUCGGCACCCAUCAUACUCGUCCAUCGAAAUUCUGUGAGGAUUUUUUUUGAGGUUUUUCUUCUACAAUUUGGUCGCCGUUGAUGGAGUCGUCCGGCGGAGGACUAGGCCCCCAACGGAGCCGGUCUGCUUCUCCCAGUAGAAGGUCGUCGAGAAGGUACCAUAUGCAGCUUGCUCCGUCGAGUUUCAUCCGUGCGCGGCUUUCCGAUGCGUUGGAGCACUUGGGGGUUUUACGGGCCGCGGCGAAUCACAGGGAGGAGGCGAGCUUGAUGGCGUCGGCGUUGAGGGGCCGUGGUUCUGGCCGUAUGAUCGGGGAGUCCGUGGUUUCUAGUGGUAGCGAAGGUGAGGUGGCGAUUCGAAUUAUUGGCGUGGGAGAUCAGGAGAGUCUGCGGGCGGGGGCGAGCGCGGGGACUGGGAGAGAUGGGGAUUCCGGUGGUCCAGGUGCUCCCAGUGAAUCGAUUUCUUCUUUGUCGAGGAGUCAAGUAGGAGAUGAACGGAGUGGCGAUGAGGUUGGUGAGUCGGCGUCGUCAGCAUCUUCAUCGACGGCGUCGGUGACCACCGCUGGUAGCAGCGCGGACGAAGCGGCAAACGCCACAGGAGGAAGUAGUGGAGACUCGGUGCACCAGAGAUAUGAUAUACAGCAAAUAGCAAGGUGGACCGAACAGAUACUGCCAUUCUCCUUGUUGCUUUUGGUGGUUUUCAUCAGACAGCAUUUGCAAGGAUUCUUCGUAACUAUUUGGAUUGCUGCAGUGAUGUUCAAGUCUAAUGAUAUUCUGAGGAAACAGACUGCUUUAAAGGGUGAGAGAAAAAUAUCUGUGCUUGUUGGGAUGACCUUAGUCUUCAUGAUUCAUGUGUUUGGAGUCUAUUGGCAGUACAGAAAUGAUGAUCUUCUAUACCCACUGAUAAUGCUGCCCCCCAAAGAAAUACCACCAUUUUGGCAUGCCAUAUUUAUCAUUAUGGUCAAUGAUAUUUUGGUCCGCCAAGCAGCCAUGAUUCUUAAGUGUUUGCUGUUGAUCUACUACAAAAAUAGUAGAGGACAUAACUAUCGAAAGCAGGGGAAAUUGUUAACGCUUGUUGAAUACUUCCUGCUACUAUACCGCGCUCUCUUACCAACACCUGUUUGGUACCGGUUCUUCCUGAACAAGGAAUAUGGGAGCCUGUUCUCGUCCCUCACUACAGGGCUAUAUCUUACUUUCAAGUUGACUUCAGUCAUUGAGAAAAUUCAAUCAUUUUUUGCUGCAUUGAAAGCACUAUCACGAAAAGUAUAUUAUGGUUCUUAUGCAACAACAGAUCAGGUUGUUGCAGCUGGUGAUCUUUGUGCCAUAUGCCAAGAAAAAAUGCAUGUUCCUAUCUCACUUCACUGCAGGCACAUUUUCUGCGAGGACUGCGUCUCAGAGUGGUUCGAGAGAGAACGAACAUGCCCAUUGUGCAGGGCAUUGGUCAAGGCAGCAGGUCUCCGGUCAUUCGCAGAUGGCUCUACCGGCUUAUUCGUUCAGUUGUUCUAGUUCCCUCAUUGGCAGGAUUCACUAAUGCAUCGGAGACUUGUCCCCUCCCAGGAAGCUAUUGCCAGACUCUACAGAUCGCUCGCUGCGGCUCAUGACCAUAUUUUUGUAACACAGGUAUUCCUUCGAGUGUGCACCGAAAGAGAUAUGUUAUCGUAUACGUGUUAUUUCUCCCUUGCUUUCGUUCCUGUAGAAUAUUUACAGCAUUUAUCAAAAUGUAAAUAAGAGGAUUGUCAACUCUUUUGUAUUUCAGUGGAUGAAAAUAAAUAUAUGAAAGGAUAUGCGAGUUUAACUUA